CGCAAAGAAGCAUCGAGUCUUAGCUGAGCCCUCCGCCGCCUAACGUACUCAGAAACCAAUUCAGCAACUCAACCGCACAAGCUACAAGCUCCACCAACGCAAAUCCAACCAAGUUAACCACCAUCGCCAUGUUCUCCCCCACUUCCUCCUCGUCCUCCGACCAAUACGAAGUCAUGUCCACACUACGCUCCGAGAUAUUCGACAAGAACAGAGAUGCCACCGGUCCCAAUCAAUUCGAUGGUCCCCGUAAUGGUGGCCGCAGAUGGAUGAUGGAUCUCACGCCGGCGGAGAGGGGCGUCUUCAUUAAGUAUCGCCAGAAAGGGCAAGCAACGCGCUGCUGUGGGUGGACUGGUUGGUGCGUCAGCAAUGGCUGGCGUCUGGAAGAUGGCCAAACUGGCUAGGGCCAUGGGUGUCAUGGGGAUGAUCGUUGGCGGCGUGGUCGGUGCUGGCGUAUCGAUGCGCACAAGUGGAGACAUGGUCACCGCCGACAUGCUCAAGCUCCCGAGCGACAAGUCACCGCACGCGGCUCAGGCAAGAGAGAUGUAUGUGGCGAAUUUGUCUGUGUCGAUGUUGUCCGUUGCUGUUAUCAGCUUUUCAAUCUGCACUCACUUCGACACGGGGGCAAUCGCUUGUACAUUGAAACUCCAGUUACAGCUAGAUCACCACGAGGUGGCGGAUGCCGCCACACCGGCGUAGCCGGGCUGUACUGGAUCUUCUGGUUCGAAGCACAUUCUUGCUGCGAGUUGGGCUGUCGUUCUGCUGUCCAUCCUCGUGUAGGCUUCAUAUGCGUCCGACUUCUAGCGACCGAACAUCUUAAUUGCGAGGUGACCCACCCCGGACGAUAACAUAGCUGUAGCUCCACCGCUCCGCAGCGAGUGGGUUCCCAACCUGCUAGCGUCCAUACGAAGCGUCGUAGCUGCCAGCCGGAUUGGCUCAUGCAUGUCGUUACUUGAAGGAACACACUGUGGUGGACUGAGCAAAUUGGCACGGAUGACCCGAUCGACGACUGUAGGCAAUGUAGUUUCAACGCCCAAGCAGCCUUCACGGGGCAGGCCCAGUUCGAACCUGAGCGCUGGAGGGUUCUUGUUAAUCCCUUUUGAUGCUGAUCCGUCUUGCUACCAGUAAACAUAUUCUCUGCACCUCUGCUUUGCUUCGUAUUCCUUAGUAAUGCUGCCUCAUGCGGCAUGCCUAGCCUCGUAAUACAUGUUUACGUGGUGCGCAAGGUACGAUUUUCUCGCGUAACGGAUCGCAGAUCGGAAUCAAACAAACAAAUGAC